AUGCCUCCUCGAUUGAACCUCUUUGCCGCCCACAGGGCUGCUACUGCCCUCCGCCAGUCAACCGUGUCCUCCGUUGCGCCUCGCACUACCGUUUUAUCCCUCCGAUUCCGGGCUGAACAGUCCGCACCCGUGCAGAAAAGAUGGAACUCAUCGAAGGAUGGCUCCAAGAACAUCCAGCCCGAUGAGCAGAAGUUCCCAACCCAGGAUCCCCUGCCUUCUGUCACUGAAGAGGCCAAUGAGACCUCAAGGAUUAUGGAGAAGGAAAAGAGCUGUGACGGUACACCCUCGAGCCCGGAGUUACAGCAAGGAAGCCCCGUUGAGCAGAUUCUCUCGCGUGAUGAGAAGGCCCGGAAGCACAUGCCGAAGGUCAUGCAAGACAAAUUGAAGAAAGCAGGUGGCUCUCGUUCGUUUUCGACAUCUGCUCGCGCCCGCGCGCCGGAGACUCAAGGCUUUGAAACCGGCAAUGAUGCGUCGGUUGCUAUGCUCGCCAGCAUGAUUGAUCAGGUCAACGCGCAAGCCGCGGAGCGGACUCCCGGCUUGAUCUUCGAGGAGCCCGAAGCUCCGACUAAGAAUAAGACCUUCAACUUCCGAAAGCGCUACGACUCGAUGCAGGACCAGUUCACGAAAAUGUUGAUGCAGGAUGGCAAGUUGGCUCGGGCACAAAAGAACAUGUCCAUCAUUCUUGAUCACCUCCGCACCGCACCUCCUCCUAACAUCAACCCCCGCCACCCCCUACUUGGUGGCCCUCCUGGUUCUCAGCUUCCUCUCGACCCUGUCCUCUACCUCACUUUGAUCGUUGACUCAGUUGCCCCUCUCUUCCGAAUUCGUCAACUGAAGGGUAUUGCAGGUGGUGGUGCAGCCUUGCAGGUCCCACACCCGCUGACCCUACGCCAGCGUCGUCGUGCCGCUAUCAAGUGGAUUAUUGAUGCGUCGGAUAAGCGACGUGAUGCUCAGUUAGCUCACCGUGUUGCCAAUGAGCUGGUGUCUGUGGCCGAGGGUCGCAGUGGCGUGUGGGAGCGGAGAGACGGACAGCACAAGCUUGCCGCUGCGACAGUGGCUUCCCCCGCGAGUCACGAAUCUUUUGAGCUUGUCGAUUAUAACGUCACUCGUCAUUCUGGAGACGAAGUUCGGGAUUCUGCGUCCGCAGUCACUCGAUCAGUCCCGCUUGCCUCGCGGCCAUCUGAGCCUACCACAAACCCACGGUCGCUAGCGGGGGUUGGGAUUGGACAGGACAGUGCAUGGGAAAAUACACCGUUGUCAGAAAAGCACCUUAGCGGUAUCCGUUCAACCCCACUAAGGUUCUGGUCGGAGGCCCUUCGCCGUCGGGCAUAUAUAUCAAGCCAGAGCAGCGCUGCUCUUGAUCCGGAGACUGCAGCCAAGAUGAAGUUCUCCCAUAGCAUUCAGUUCAAUGCGGUUCCUGACUGGAGUUCCCAUUACAUUGCAUACAGCAACCUUAAAAAACUAAUCUAUACCCUCGAAAAGCAAGUCAACCGACCCGAUGGUGCAGGCGGUCCAGACGUUGAGUCCGCUCCCCUACUGGGUCCCCAGAUUACCAACCCAGACGGAAUAUUCAAGCGGGCCCUUGAUGCGGAGAUGGAAAAGAUCGGUACAUUUUAUGAGGAGAAGCAGGACGAGAUCUUUAAACUCACCGAUCAAUUAAUGCGGGAUGCCACCGUCUACUUGAGCGACACAGACGGAGUCAACAUGGACCCUGUUAGCGAGACUGUCAUCAAGGCCAGUUCUCGCCGCAAUAGAAGCGGUUCCACUCGCAAUGGCCUUGGUCCGAGGCGCCAUUCGAGUGCAAUCAGCGAUGAGGAUGCAGACAGCGAUGAUGCUCAGUCUGCUUCAUUAGGGCUGCGGCACAGACCCCAAUCGACAGAUGGGGAGUCUGCGACUGAUGUACAACCAGGCGACAUGGCAGAUUCUGCGUUCUUCGGGCGGACGAGCAGCAGGGGACUCACUGGUUCAGAGAUUGGUGAUCAGGCUUUCCUCGAGCUCUAUAAUAAUGGAGUGGGCCUGAAGAAACGUCUCGUCGAAGUCUAUGUUUCCCUCUGUGAGCUCAGAUCCUUCAUCGAGCUGAACAAGACCGGUUUCUCGAAAGCUCUGAAGAAAUACGACAAAACUUUGUUCCGCAAUCUGCGUCGAGACUACCUGGCCUCUGUCGUGUCCCCCGCGUUGCCUUUCACCGAAAGCACCAUGGCUACUGUGGACUCUCAUAUCGACAAGGUUGAAGGUGUCUACGCUGAGAUAGUCACCAGGGGAAAUCGCUCCCUGGCUAGCCGCGAGCUGCGCCUGCAUCUGCGUGAGCAUGUGGUAUGGGAGCGAAACACUGUCUGGCGUGAGAUGAUUGGCAUCGAACGUCGUGGUCAGGCCCUGAAUGUUGGUAUUCGUCAAACCCUGCUUGGAGCUGAUGAAGACCCCGAAACGGCGCGACGACAAGGUGACAAGCAAGAAAUUCUUACCACAGAGGUCUCUACCCCACUCGGGCGGAUUCAUUUCCCCUUGUGGUUCUGCAGCCUGAGUUUCGGAACAUUGGUUCUCAGCUUUGCUGUUUUUGGUGCCCUGCUUUCGGUGAAAGUAAUGGAGACGCCCGAACAACAAAACUGCCUAGCGAUGCUAGUACUCGUUAGCAUUUUAUGGUCCACGGAGGCCAUCCCCCUGUUUGUUACAUCUUUGUUGAUUCCGUUCUUGGUUGUGGUUCUUGGCAUCAUGCGGUCAGAAGACAAGCCCCACAAGCGAUUGGGCCCGAAGGAGGCUACUAGCGUAGUUUUUGGGGCAAUGUGGACCCCGGUGAUCAUGCUUCUUCUAGGUGGGUUCACUAUCGCGGCAGCUUUGUCUAAAUACGACAUUGCUCGACGCAUGGCUAUGUUUGUGCUCAGCAAGGCCGGCUCAAAGCCGCAUGUCGUCUUGUUAACCAACAUGUUCGUGAGUAUGUUCUUGAGUAUGUGGAUUAGCAAUGUCGCAGCUCCCGUGCUAUGUUACUCGAUCAUUCAACCUCUUCUGCGCAACUUGUCACCAGAGUCGAACUUUGCCAAGUCUCUCGUCCUGGGAAUUGCAUUGGCAGCUAAUGUUGGUGGAGCUGCUUCACCCAUUGCAUCUCCACAGAAUAUUAUCGCUCUGCAGAACAUGUACCCUAGCAUCAGCUGGGGUACCUGGUUCUUCAUCGCGCUUCCAGUGUGCAUCAUCUCCAUUUUGUUGAUCUGGGGCCUCCUGCUGGUGACUUUCCACCCUGGUCGCAACCAAACUGUCAUCCCCAUGCGCCCUGUGAAGGAUCGUUUCACCGGCAUCCAGUACUUCAUCUGUGCAGUGACCCUUGGCACCAUUGCACUUUGGUGUGUAAGCCACCAGUUAGAGCACAUCUUUGGUGAUAUGGGUGUCAUUGCAAUUAUCCCCCUUGUCCUGUUCUUCGGAACCGGUAUCCUUAACAAGGAAGACUUUAACAACUUCCUUUGGACCAUCAUCAUCUUGGCCGCAGGAGGUCUCUGCCUCGGAAAGGCGGUCACAUCAUCCGGCCUAUUGCACACCAUCGCCUCCGGUAUCACGGCUCGGGUAGAGCACCUCAGUUUGUACAGCGUACUGCUUGUCUUCUGCGCACUCAUUUUGGUCAUCGCCACAUUCAUUUCACAUACUGUUGCCGCAUUGAUCAUUUUGCCUCUCGUUCGUCAAAUUGGUGUCAGCAUGGAGGAUCCUCACCCGAACCUGCUUGUCAUGGCGAGUGCUCUGAUGUGCUCUGUUGCGAUGGGAUUACCCACAAGUGGAUUCCCUAAUAUGACUGCGAUUAUGACCGAAGUGCCGCAAACUGGCCAGCGUUAUCUCCAGGUCCGCCACUUCCUCUCGCGCGGUGUUCCAUCAAGUCUGAUGUCCUUCGUGGUUAUUGUGACCCUUGGAUAUGGACUGAUGGUUGUUGCUGGGUUGUAA